GUGAAAGCGGCCAUUGGAGCCUUUGAAGGUGGGCGGGGCUUGCGGCGGCGGGAGCGGCCAUUGGAGGCUUUGAAGGCACCUCGGCGGGAACAGCUACGGAGGACCCGGCCGGCAAUGUGGGCCGUGCCAAAAAGAUGGAUGAGAAUGUUGCAGAGUUUUUCAGGAGGACCAUCCUGAAGAUCCCUAUGUAUGAAAUGAUGACCAUCCUAAAAACCUGGAACUUUUUAUCUGAAAAUCAACUGCAGACCAUCAACUUCCAUCAGAGAAAGGAAUCUCUAGCUCAGGACUUGAUUCUGCUGUGUGAGGAGAAACCUGCGAGUCUCGAUGACGUGGCCCUUUUAGAUGUCAUAUACACUCAAGUUCAUCGGCACCAGAAACAUUGGAAUGUUUAUCAGAUGAGCAGAGAACCAGAUGAAGAUGUCGACCUUUUUGAUCUGGAACAAUUCAAACGUUCAUUUAAGAAAAUUCUUCAGAGAGCAUUAAAAAAUGUGACCAUCAGCUUCAGGGUCGCUGAGACAAAUGCCGUGUGGAUCCGGGUUGCCUGGGGGACACAGCAUGCAAAGCCAAACCAGUACAAGCCUACGUUUGUGGUGUAUUACCCCCAGACGCCGUAUGCUUUCAUUUCCUGCUGCCAUCUGAAGAGCACCGUUCCCCUUCUCCACCAGGCACUGAGAGUUGCUAGCAAACACCAUCAGAUUGUGCAGAUGGACCUGAGAAGCCGGCACCUUGACUCUCUCAAGGCCAUUGUUUUUAAGGAAUACAAUCAGACCUUUGAAGAUCACAACUCCACAGCACCUCUACAAGAAAGAAGCCUUGGCCUAGAUAUAAAUAUGGAUUCAAGGAUUGUUCAUGAAAACACCAUAGAAAAGGAGAGAAUCCGAAGAGUGACUCAAGAAUCUUUUGGAGAUCAUCCUCAGCCACAGCUGGAAUUUGCACAGUACAAGCUGGAAACAAAGUUCAAAAGUGACUUAAAUGGGAGCAUCUUGGCAGACCGGGAAGAGCCCCUCCGGUGUCUUGUGAAGUUUUCCAGCCCACAUCUUCUGGAAGCAUUGAAGUCCUUAGCACCAGCAGGAGUAGCAGACGCACCUCUCUCUCCACUGCUCACCUGCAUACCCAGCAAGAAAAUGAACUAUUUCAAAAUUAGAGAUAAAUGAGGCGCAUGUGGCUUUGCCAACAUUGUAAAUGCGUUUGGUUAUGGGCUCACUGGAUGCUUCUGCUUAUAAGCCUGUCGUUUAGGAAUGAAUCCUUGGCAUUGGAGAUGAGAAUUUUUAAUGUAGCUGUUGAGACUGAGUCUUUCCUUCUCCCUGUGUGCUUCAUCUCCUUUUUCCGCUACAGCAUUUGUGGACAUUUGAGGUGUGAACAGGGUGAUGUGUCUACAAGGCUCCAGAUUGAGCUGGAGUACCAGAACAUUGUGAGCGUUCAAGGGCAUGGCACAGUGGUUGGACCUCAUGGCAUCACAACUCAUGUUUUUUAUCCCACUCCUGCCUCACCCCAGGCUCAAGAAGUCCAGUUCCCACCACUGGUUUCUGUGGACUUUCUGUUAAGCCUCAGAUCACAGAAAGGAGCACCAAGAAACCAUGCCCAACCCAAAACUUCGGGAAAAAUAAAACUAAAAUCAGCCCCUUCAGAGGAGAGGGCUGGCUGCCUUGAGCUACUACAGGUCGAGAAGCUGAUGGUUCACUUAUAAAGUAGUUUCGUUGUAGUAAAUAUGCUUUUCACAGCCCCUUUUAUCAUACAUAUAACACUGAACUGAGCAUCCCAUUUAUACUGAUUUGUGAAUAAAGGUAUUGGAAAAGCUGA